AUGUAUUCCACCGUACUGCUCGCUGCCUCGCUUCUGGCUGUAGGUGCGGCCACCCUGACUUGCACCGAUGCUGGAAAUGGCCCGUGCCUCUCUGGAAGUUGUCAAUCCGGUGAGAGCUGUGUCACCUACUCUACCCAACAGGUCUGCUGCCCGUCCAACAAAGUUGUCACCCAAACCAGCCAUACUUCCCGUCCGUCAUGCCGCGACAAGGUGAACCCCCAGACCGGUGUGUCGGAUUGCCCGCGUCGUUCGUACCUCUGCAAUGACAGCACCUACUACGCUAUCAUGACCCAGCAAUGCCCCCAGACGUGCGGACGGUGCGGAAGCAGCGGAUACACCACUCGCGGAUACGGCUCAUGCGCCGACAGGACCAACCCAUCGACCGGUGUUAGCGAUUGUCCCCGCCUGACCCAGUACUGCACCAACACGGCCUAUCGCACCUUGAUGCAGCAGGAAUGCCCGAAAACGUGCGGAUUCUGC